UUCUCUCCUCUCGACUCACUUCUCAAUCAUGGACAGAGAUCUCGUGCUCCCCACUUGGGCCAAGGAGUGGACCUCUCGUACUCAUGUCGGCCUUUACUACGCGAGCACCCUGAUCUUCGCCGUGCUGUCCAUCACAGCUGUCGUGCUCGGCCUUCAAGCCUUGAUACACCUCCGCGCAUGCCGAAUAGACAUCCUCAAAGACCCGUCAUCCAGGAUGGCACUCUUUGCAGCGUGCAAUAAGCGCGUGAGAAGCAUUACAAAGUCACAGCUUUUCGUCGCCGCAGCAUUCGCUACACAUGCGUUCGUGCUGUACUCGGUCGACGUGGCUAUCUGCAUGGCCGCCAUCUGGAAUGACGCCUCCGAGAACUCCGAUCGCUACACCUCCAGCCUGGCUAUAGAGCUUGCGCACGAUGCUGUUGGCAUAGCCGCUGCCACUUUAGCCGCGUGCGUCAUCUUUCCACUAGCCCAGGUGUUUCUCUUUGGAGCGCUACUUGCAAGGUCUCAACGACGUCUCAACCCUGAAGCUACACUGGCCGCUUACAUACCGGAAGCACGGAUCAUGACGACUCAUCUGGGACAACUCUGGUCGAUGAUGGCGUUCUGUCUGGUUGCAUACUGGCCCACCUUUGAACGUACCGUCCUACGAUUGAGUUUGGCCGAAGCUGCUUUUGCGACCGCGAUGGUGUGGCUGCAUCUCAGCUACAGGCUCACCUUUCGCGAGGACCUGGUCGCCGGUGUACUCGAGGGUAGUCCGCAUUCCGCGUUGGAGAAGCAAACGCUCCUCUUGUUCUCUGGCAGCACAAUUGCAAACAGCUUGCCAACUUACGAUGCGAUCAACAGAAGCGAAUCAGUGCGGGGCGAGAAGCAGGAAGUGUGA